CACGGAAUUGGCAGAACGAGUUGAAACAUCCACUGGAAACAACCCAAGACUCCACCAUGGGCAAGGUCAUCUUCUACGAGGACAGGAACUUCCAGGGUCGCUCCUAUGAGUGCAUGAGCGACUGCUCUGACAUAUCCUCCUACCUGAGCAGGUGUCAGUCCUGCAGGGUGGAGAGCGGCUGCUUCAUGGUCUACGAGCGUCCUAACUACAUGGGCAUGCAGUUCUUCAUGAGGAGGGGCGAAUAUCAUGACAUGCAGCGCAUGAUGAGCAUGGGAAUGACGUUCGACUCCAUCAGAUCCUGCAGAAUGAUCCCCUUUCACAGAGGCCAGUUUAGGAUGAGGAUCUACGAGAGGGAGAACUUCGGUGGUCAGAUGAAUGAGCUGAUGGACGACUGCGACUCCAUCCAGGACCGUUACCGUAUGUCCGACUGCAUGUCCUGCAACGUGAUGGACGGCCACUGGCUGAUGUACGAGCAGCCCCACUACAGAGGCAGGAUGAUGUACAUGAGGCCCGGAGAGUACAGGAACUUCAUGAACAUGGGCAUGAGUGGCACCAGGUUCAUGAGCAUGAGGCGUAUUACUGAUAUGUGUUAGAAUAAAAUUAAACAUUAACUUCUGUGUUUAACUUGAGUAAAUAAAACUAUAUUUGAUCCAGAAAAA